UGGCGAACGAAGAAAAAGGUAAAAGGGUUUCAAAUUAAUAAAAUAGAAGGAGGUUAUUCAGUAGCCAUCGCAGGUUUCAUUACUUUUCUUCCAUUCAAAGCUAAAAAAAUAAAAAGGAUAGCGAAUGCUCGAUUCGCCAUUGAUAGCUUUAUCCCUAAAAGGAGGGAUAUUGUGAUAAGGCAGAUUCAAACAAGAACUUAAUGACAAGAUAGAAAAAAUUAUUAAUAAUCCGAAGCCCACCUUAAUCCAUUUUGUUGAGGAUCUUGCACUUAUUCCGGCCCUAUAUUUACAUAGCCAAGAAAGGCUCUGGUGAUCAUGCGUGACUGCGGAGCGCCUAUCGCCCUGGCACGGCACUCAAAAAUGCUGGGUUGGGCCAGCAAGAAGACUUCGACUAGGGAGACGAAGAAUGGAAUUGAAGAAGGCAGCAUAGUCUAAGAUAACAGAAUGGAACACCAACCAACGAGUAAGUGGUGGAUUUGGAUGGAGUCUCGCAGAAGAAGAGUACGCGCGCUAGCGCGCCCCAAGACGUCAGUCCUUUUUCUGCUUGCUGGCCAAGGUCAGUUUACUGAAUCCCUUCCAAACACCAACCCAAUCUCCAUUCCUUGAUGGGAAAUGAGCAAGACCAUAUGUUUCUAAAAAAUAUAGCCCCUAUAUAAACCUAGCCCUUACUACCCGAACUUCUGACCUUCAAAUAGGACUAACUGCCCGAACCCGCUUGCUUAUCUUCUACGAUCUAAUUAAGUUAAGCAGUGGUUAUUUUUUUUUUAAGUGACUAGAACUUCUAUUAACUACUAUUCUAGCACCCAGCUGUGCCAUGUGUUUAUUCUAUUUUGCAGGUAUUCCUUUGAAUAACUCAUCUUUUCAGGUAAGAAAAUUGGAAGAUCUUCUUAGUCAUAGUCAGCCUAUCUGUAUUCUUAUCCUAUAGUGCGGAUCCAAUCAGAUUUUAUGAAGCCAAGGCCUGACAUCCAUUGUGGGGAUUUUUAUCGGGAGACAUGGCCUGGUGGUUUCUGAUCGAGAUUCCUAAUCAAUAGGGCGAAGAGCUCUUCGCAUGAUCUGGUCCUACCUUUUUUUUUCUACGCUAUUUUUUUUCCCCUUCUCGGCUGCUGUCCUUACUCCGGAUAAAUUGGAACACAUUGAUUCCGUUCGUUCCUGCCCUUCGCUUCAGGCCAUAGUGCUUCUGAAUUAUUUCUAUACCCCUUUGAUGAUGCAGCCUCUGACUCUCGUGGGUAAACUCCUACUUGAUUAGUCAGAACUUCUCUGUCUCAACUCGUGGACCUAUCUAUCUUCUUCUUUAUAAGAGAUAGGGGUUUGCUAUUCUCACGGAUUGCUCAUAUUUAUUUACCCUACCCCAUUUCAAAGUUUGUGCCUUGUUUCAGCCCGCCCUUCCUUCAUCUGAACCUUCCAGUACUAAUCUAUCUUUAUGGGGAAGACCCCUCAUCUGACCUCCGAGCUACCCUGUCAAUUGUAAAAAGUAGUUGAGUCGUGUCUCGCAGGAGCAAAAAGAGUGAAAUGAGGACGUAAGCCCCCCACCCCAGGUCUUCCUCUUCCUUCUAAACUAAUUGCUUUCGCUUGACUCUUCCAGUAAAAAAGUAUACUGAGUGGUUGAAGGAAAGCGAAAAGGAAUGGCUUUUUCAUGUACCAGAUCCGGUGAGCCAGACAUCAAGCAAAAAUGGACAUACAAUCAAAGAGUAAGGAGCAGUUAUUUGCCGGGUGGAUUGAUCAGAGCUGCAAGGGGAGACUCGGUUAUGGUGCGAUAAAGAGCUUGCUUCAAUGCUCGGAUUCAGGUAGAAAGUAAGAGCAGUAGCAUAUUCAUAGGAGAGCUUUGUACUUUAAAUUAGUAGUCCCGGUAGUUGGAAAAAAGCUCUGAAUACAGAUUCAAAACAUCAAGAUAGGUAGUCCGAUCAUUAGUUGGCCAGUCAUAGCAAUUUAAGUAGAAAGCUAGCUUCGGGAUCAGAUCAUUCAACUAAAGCUGUCAGGCCGGGUAGGCUUUGAGGAACAUUGGGGGUUCCUUAUGUUGUGACUGAGCAGAUAUGUCUAUUGUGCCCGGCAAAAACGGAUUUGCAAGGAGUUUGCCAAAGGCUUUCUCAUUCGGAAAAACAAUUCAAAGUAUAUUUCCCUUCUCCAUUCUCUGCUCGGAUGAUUGCCGCUUGUGUGAAUUUCAUUGCUGCGGGUCCCGCGUGUGCUCGAAUAAGAUUGUUUUAGGAUUCUAUUUAGUUGAAUUUAUUGACUCCGCGGUGCUGGUUAUCGAGUUUAUGGCGCCGCCGACCAUCCAAUCCAAUCCAAAAAGUAAAAGAUGGCGUCGGCAUUUACUUAUUAUGCUCUCUUCUAAUAUAAUAGUGGUCCCCCAGGUUGGUAUUCAGGUUGUAAAAUCCUGAUAGGAAAGAGUCGACUGUUAGACCUUGUUUUUGUAAUGGCCUAUCUUCUUUAAAAAGCCGAAAGAUAAGGAUUUCUAAAAACUUUUGCGUUCCGGAUGCUGGUCUCAUGUUUGAUCUGGUAGCGAUUAAAGAAUGAAUCUUGCUCUGGCGAUCAUGGUGGGAUUGGUACACCUCUAUACGCUGUAAAAUGAAGGUACUCUUUAGUUCAUGCUACGACCGCCGAUUGUUCCUGUGACCACACGCCGUACCAACAGAAAACUAUCAACCUAUCGGUAUGGUUUGUUGUUCACGUGUUAUGAUCUCGCUCAUCAGAUUGUUCCCCCCUCCCCUGGUCAAUGGCGGUGAGUUGAUUGACCAAGGCCUUCCCUUACGACGAUGGAAUUUCUUCCAUCGGCAAGACUUUGUUUGUCUCCUUCAACUUUAAUGAAAAGCCUAGUCUCUCGAUACUAACUAAUUAGUUAGGAGAGGUGCUUACUUUUCUUUUGUAGUUAAGGAUUCAUACCCCAUCCCAUUCCUUUUUCUUUUCAAAGAAAACCUUACCAUUUGAGUUUUGGGCCGCUGUUACCAUUUCCAUUUCCGGAACCUAACUAAUACUUAGUUGUUUCCAUUUCCUCAUCUGGUGAUAGAUCCUCAUCUUCUUCUGGCUCAAAUCCCUUUUUCAUAUCCAGGGCAGGCUUUAGGUACGCUUUAGUUUUAAAUCAUUAAAGAUAUGCUCGACCUCGUUUAUGUCCAUGGUACCAUCGUACGUACCUUCUACUAUCAACCAGAUGAGAUAGGGCUUUGAAAGGUCAGAGUCAGUCUCCUCUUUCUUUUAGGUCGUUUAGCAGUUCCCCAACCAGCUUUCUCCCCGAGAAAGCCUUCCUGAGAUUAAAAGAAAAAGGUUUGAAGGUGGGAUCAGUGAUAGUUCGGAACCAGCAAAGGGAGGCUGAAAAGCCGUAGUGCUAACGCACGCCCUGUAGUUUUGAAGCAGGCUUCGACAGCUGCGAGCUCCGCGUCGAAAAGCGAAGCGAGCCGCGCUAGCGCGCUACUCUUCCUUUAUGAGAUGAGCGAGACUCUAUCCAAAUCUACUGAUCUAAGAACUCCGCGAGCGAACUGAGCGAGCCAUGAGGCGCCUAUCGGCAAGGCUUGGAAAAGCCUUAAGUUUAGGCUUAGGCUCCCUUCCUUCACUGAACUGAUUCACCCGGGUCCAAACCUGCUGAGCUAGCUAAUUUUUCCUUUACGAGAUCUCGGCUCUUCGGAAUGAUUGGAGAGAGCCCCGCCUCCUCUUGGUUGGUGCCGGGCCCGGGACUACUUCCUGAAAGAGCCUUUCGUUCGGGCCGGCAGGAGGGGCCCUGAUCUAUCAAUUGAGGGAGCAAAAAACAGGCUUUGCUCCCCUUUUUUUAAAUGAAGAAAGAAAGAAGGGUCGAAGUUUAGACCGCUCACAGUAGUUCUACCCAUAGAAAAGAUCAUGAAAGAGGCGAUCAGAAUGGUACCCGAAUCCAUUUACGAUCCCGAGUUUCCAGACACAUCGCACUUCCGCUCGGGUCGAGGCUGCCACUCGGCCCUCAGACGGAUCAAAGAAGAGUGGGGAACCUCUCGCUGGUUUUUGGAAUUCGACAUCAGGAAGUGUUUUCACACCAUCGACCGACAUCGAUUCAUCUCAAUCUUGAAGGAAGAGAUCGACGAUUCCAAGUUCUUUUACCCCACUCAGAAACAGUUUUCCGCCGGACGACUCGUAGGAGGUGAGAAGGGCCCUGACUCCGUCCCAAACAGUGUACUACUAUCGGCCCUAUUAGGCAAUAUCUACCUACACAAGCUCGAUCAGGAGAUAGGGAGGAUCCGGCAGAAGCACGAAAUUCCUCUUGUAGUGAAAAUAAGAUCGGUUCUAUUAAGAAUAGGUCGUCGUAUUGAUGACCAAGAAAAGUAUGGAAAAGAAGCAAGCUUCAACGCUCCCCAAGACAACAGAGCCCUCAUAGUGGGGAGGGUAAAGAGCAUCCAACGCAAAGCGACCUUUCAUUCCCUUGUUUCGUCGUGGCACACCCCCCCCACAAGCACCCCCAGGCGAAGGGGAGACCAGAAAACGCCUUUCGUUUUCCCUCCUUCCCUAGCCGCCUUCCUUAACAAGCCCUCGAGCCUCCUUUGCGCCGCCUUCCUCAUAGAAGCCGCUGGGUUGACCCCGAAGGCCGAAUUCAAUGGUAGAGAAGGCUUUAAUAAGAAUUUGGCCAUGAGAGACCUUCUUAAGUAUUGCAAAAGAAGGGGCCCGCUGAUAGAGCUGGGCGGGGAGGCGAUACUAGUUACCAGGUCAGAGAGAGGCCUGGCCCGUAAGCUGGCCCCCUUUAAAAGCCAUUCCUUAUUAAUAAGGAUUUGUUACGCGCGAUAUGCCGACGACUUACUACUGGGAAUCGUGGGUGCCGUAUUUCUUCUCAUAGAAAUACAAAAACGUAUCACCCACUUCCUACAAUCCGGCCUGAACCUUUGGGUAGGCUCCGCAGGAUCAACAACCAUAGCUGCACGGAGUACGGUAGAAUUCCCCGGUACGGUCAUUCGGGAAGUCCCCCCGAGGACGACUCCCAUACAAUUCUUGCGAGAGCUGGAGAAGCGUCUACGGGUAAAGCACCGUAUCCAUAUAACUGCCUGCCACCUACG